AGCCCGGGGCAGGGCUGUGUGUGCAGGCCCACAGGUGCCACGGGCUCUGCAGGAGCUGGGAGAGGCUGCCCAGCAGGGAGGCCAUGGGGCACAGAGCCCCAGGGCUGCUGUGGGCACCACGGCACAGGGGCCGUGCCCACCCGCAAUGCUCCUGCCCUGGGCUGGGCCUGCCCAGGGGCUGGGGCACCAUGGCUGGGCCAGCGGGGCACAAAGGGGCCAUGGAGCCGCUGCCGGGGCUGGCAGCAAGGCCAGGCACAGACAAGGAAUUGCUGAGCAUGGCCUGUGCUGGCCAGGGCUGGCUGUGGCAAGGGCAGAGCUCAGCUGCCCUUGGUGGCUGCAGGAAAAGUCCAGAGCCCAAAGAGCCUCCACGGCUGUGCUGGAGACCAAGGCUGCAGGAGGGAAAGGCAGGGCUGCUGUGGGAUGGGGAGGGCAUUGAAUUCCAGCAGACACCACAGAUGGGAGGCUUAGCAAGGCUUGAAGAGAAGAGAAGCUUCACAAGCCUCCAAGGGGGGAUGUUACCAGAUGAAAAACCAUCUCCAGCUGUUCACCGGGCAGUCAGGUCUGACUCUGGCAUCACCAAGCACCAGGGACCACCAAAGAGACCCCCAGGACAGAAGAACACCGCUGUGAAGCCCAGCAGAGCUGAGGGCACUGCCUGCAGCUACCUGGGUGCCUUAAAGCAACUGGAAGGACAAGUCUGAGCUUCUUCAUGGAGAAAUGCUCCCAACUGCUGGCACAUCAACCAUGUCCAGAGUGAAGAAAUGUCCAACAGCAGCUCCUUCAGCCACUUCCUCCUGCUGGCCCUGGCAGACACACGGCAGCUGCAGCUCCUGCACUUCUGCCUCUUCCUGGGCAUCUCCCUGGCUGCCCUCCUGGGCAACACCCUCAUCAUCAGUGCCAUAGCCUGCAGCCACCACCUGCACAGCCCCAUGUUCUUCUUCCUGCUCAACCUGGCCCUCACUGACCUGGGCUGCAUCUGCACCACUGUGCCCAAAGCCAUGCACAAUUCCCUCUGGGACACCAGAGAAAUCUCCUACUCAGGAUGUGCUGCACAGCUCUUUCUGUUUGUCUUUUUCAUCUCAGCAGAGUUUUCCCUGCUGACCAUCAUGUGCUACGACCGCUACGUGUCCAUCUGCAAACCCCUGCACUACGGGACCCUCCUGGGCAGCAGAGCUUGUGCCCACAUGGCAGCAGCUGCCUGGGCCAGUGGCUUUCUCUACGCUCUGCUGCACACAGCCAAUACAUUUUCCCUGCCCCUGUGCCAGGGCAAUGCCCUGGGCCAGUUCUUCUGUGAAAUCCCACACAUCCUCAAGCUCUCCUGCUCCAAAUCCUACCUCAGGGAACUUGGGCUCAUUAUGCUAAGUGCUUUUCUACAUUUUGGUUGUUUUGUGUUCAUAGUUUUCUCCUAUGUGCAGAUCUUCAGGGCUGUGCUGAGGAUCCCCUCUGAGCAGGGACGGCACAAAGCCUUUUCCACCUGCCUCCCUCACCUGGCCGUGCUCUCCCUGUUCCUCAGCACUGCAGUCUUUGCCUACCUGAAGCCCCCCUCCAUCUCCUCCCCAUCCUUGGAUCUGGCGGUGUCAGUUCUGUACUCGGUGGUGCCUCCAGCCCUGAACCCCCUCAUCUACAGCCUGAGGAACCAGGAGCUCAAGGCUGCCCUGAGAAAAUUGAUGACUCUGUAUUUUCAGAAGUAUUAAAC